AUGAGGAAAGAAAAAAGAAUUGCACAUUGCUUAAGUGCACUCGUGGUGGCAAUCAUAUACUCAUGUUGUUUGUUGAAUGUAGUAAUAUCAUGGAGAGUGAACAAAAAUGAAGAUCUCUUGAAAAGUUUGGGAAGUGGAAAUGUUAUAAAAAAAUCGAGAGUCGUAUAUAAUUUAUCCAACGAAAAGAUAUAUCUUAGUGAAGAAUAUUUUGACAAUAUAAGGACAUUACAAAGUAUGCUACUGACGUGUUUCAAAUCUGAAGAGAAAAAAAGAAUUUUAAAUGAUAUUGGUAUAGAAAGUGUAAGAUCUUUAUUUUAUGAAAACUUUAAACAAGAAUUAUAUAGUAAUCUUACAUUUUUUUUCAAAUUCAUAAGAGAAAAUUUUCCAUAUCUUACUAAAAAACUCAAGGAAGAAAAAGAGAAAAAAAACUUAAAUGAAAAACAAUAUGUGUCAAACGAGAGAUUGUUACAGAUAUUAGAAGAUGUUAUUGGUUAUGAUAUAGAAAAAAAUGCAUUUUAUUUUGAAAAAUUAGUUCAAUUCACAACCCUAGGGAAAUGUUUUGAUAUAACAUUUUCAAUGAAUAUACAGAACACACGAAACCCUGUCAUUCUUAUUGCAGAAGUGGAUUCAAAAAAUAACUUUCUACAUGUAAAGAUAAAUAAUAGUGUGGAAGACGAGGAUGAAGAGCCAUCAGGAGGGCUAGGAGCUGUGGGAGGAGAGAAAAUAAAAAAUGCAGAUGACACAGCAAAGAAAGAAAACUUGAUGAAUAAAGACAAAGUGCCAUUUCUGCAAAACAUCAUGAAUCCCCUAAAAACAAGCAACUUGGUGGUAAAAAUGGCAAAAAGAAUGACUUGGCCAACGGGCUAUUUUAGAAAUUUAUGUAGCAAACAUAACUUUCAAGCAGCAUCAGAAAAUUGGGUUGAAUAUUUUUAUAAUCAUAAUGAAACCUUAUGUCAUGUGGAAACAUGUGGUUCAGGGGAUUGUUUAUUUUUAUCUCUGCAAUAUUUAUUAGACAAAAAUGGAAUAAAAACAAAUAAUUUAGUUCUAAACACACAGGUCCAUGAAAGUUCUUUUAUUCCAUGGUAUGUAAGAAAUGUUAAACAAACAGACGAUACAAAAUUUAAUGUUAGUGAUUUGAGAUAUUUAACAACUUUUUAUUAUAUAAAAUAUUUUCCUGGAUAUACAGAAGAUUAUGAAAUUGAUGAACAUUAUAUUAAUGAAAAGUUUAAUCUUCUCAUUAAUCUUGAAUUCACAAAUUAUUAUUUGAAGAAAGAUUUUAUAUAUAAAGUCAUGAAACAAAAUAAAGAGGAACAUAAAAAUAUUAAACCUGUACUUUCACUUAUCUCAAAUUACGUUAGUAAAUAUCUCAACUUUGGUGGACGUCCAUCCACUGAAAAUUCACGAGAAACUUCUUCUUCCUCAAGUUCUAGCAUAUCUAAGAUCAACAAGGAAAAUAAAACUCAAAAUUCAGAUAAUAAUAGUACUGUCAAUAGUAGAAAAAAUAUCGAUUAUCCAAAAACAGACAACAUGGAAAACACUUUAACUGCACAGCUGCAUACACAUAAAAAUAUUCACGAUUUAAGAAAUGUCCUGGGCAAUCCUUUAACACCUUUAAAUGACACCCACAGUGAACAUCCAAUAAAUCCCCUUCUGACGAGUGAUAGGAGAUUGUCUAGUGGAAGUAGCAUUUCCACAGAUACUAUAUACGACUCAAGUGAUGAAUCUAUUGAAAUUCAGAAAUUAGAAGGUGUAAAAGAAGGGGAAAAAUUAGCAAAGGAUGUAUACUAUCGAAUUACCUACAAACCUGGAGAAUCGACAGAUAAUAGUGAUAGUGACGAAGGCACUACUGGUGGUAAUACCAGUACUAGUACUAGUAGAGGUAGUGGUAGUGAUAGUGGUACUAGCGGAGAGACACACUUUUUGAAGAAGCCACCAAUUACCAUUUCGACUAGGAGUAAAGAAAUCCAUGAACUAAAUACAUCAGAUAGAAGAGAUACGCUGAAAUAUAGCAACAAAACGAAAAAUCUUGAACUGCCAAAUGUUGGAUUCUUAAGAUCUAAGGAAGAAAGUGCAUAUGAACACUUGGCCAUACCAAAGGGUUUAGAGGACACUACUACAUAUUCGCAAGAAAUUAUGAAAACAAAAAGGAAUUUUACAAAUCAGGGUGUCCUACGUGCAUCCUAUUACAACAAUCCUGUAACAUCUGGAAUGCUCGGUGCAGAAGUAGAAUAUGAAAAAAAAAAACUGAUGAAUCCAAAUGCACCAGCAAAAUCAGAACAACCAGAUGUUAUAGUAGAGGAAAUUUACAGUGAUGAUGAAGAAGCACAAAAAGGAAAAACAAGCAUAACGAAAAACGACAAUGAUAAUGAUGAUUAUGAAGAUAUAUUACAAGAUAUACACGAACCUGGGUAUAGAGUGUAUGAAUUAAUUUUUUUCAAAUUAAUAUCCCUAUCAGCUAAUAAAAUAACUUUUGAAGAAUUAAAAAAAAUGAAUAAAACAAAUAUACAGAAUUUAAUAGGAACAAAAUUUAAAUCCAAAAUUAUAGGUUCUCACGUUUUUAUGAAACAAAUAACAGAAGGGACUAUCCUUCCAUUUUAUAACUUUGUUAAUAUAAAAAAUAAAUUAAAUAAUGUGAAUAGAAAAAUAAAUUAUGCACAUCCAGAUAUAUACGUUGCUGUGAUAGAAACUACAUUUAAUAAAAAAAUUAAAAGAAAAAAGGAUGGAUUACUUACUAAUAGCUUAAUUUUCAAACACAAUGGAGAUUGUAUAUCCUACUGGUCUAUAAAAAAUAAUGAUUAUCAUUUUACUUGUGAUAAUAAAGUUAUCGAAACAAAAACAAUUGAACAAAAAGCUUCUGCUCUCUUCUAUGAAAGAACAAGAACUGGACAUACCCAUUGGGGGGAUGAAACAGAUUAUGAUUCUUUUCAAAAAAUGUUUAACAUUGGAUUGAUUACUUUUAUGAAUAACAACACCAAGUUCUUUUUUUCAAAAAAUACUUUUAAAGAUUAUCCAAUAUACUUUUUGAUUUACUUCUAUUCUGGUAUUCACUUCGAACCUGGUAUUCACAUCUCAGUCCAUGGCGAACAUGAAACAUGUCAUUCUUCUUAUGACAGAAAUCAUAUUCCCUCGUCCUUUCUACAGGUUCCCAUAGAGUAA